AUGACCAGUAAUCCGAGACAACCGCUUGAAUUUUCAAUUUUAGAAUUUGCUACUUAUGUAUUUGGUAGUAGUAUGGCUGGUGGAUUUAUUACCGGUACUAGCAAUGGUUAUUUGAAUAAACGUAACGAUAAAGAUCAAUGUCAAAAUGAGGAUGAUGGUCAAAGAUUAAUGAUAAUUGAAUCAGGGCGGAGGAAGAUCUUGUGUGAUAAUAAUAAAAUUAAAAUUUUUUCAAAUAGUAUGAAUCUUUUAAAAAAAUAUGAAAAUUUCAUUUUAACUAAUGCAUCACAAAUAAGCUCAAUUGAAAGUUCUUUAAAAACUUUAACUUAUGUUUUACCUGGUCGAUUUGCUGAUGCUGAAUUUGCUUCGGAAGCAUUAUUUUCAGCUUUAAGUUUAAUUGGAUUGUAUCAUGAUUCAAUAUUGGUUAGGGCAUUGGAGAAAUUACCACCUUACAAAAAACCUAAACCAUCACCACACAAUAGAUACACGAAAUAUUGGUUAGAUUCUUCAAAAACAUACCAAUACUCUUCAUUUGCUUUAACAUUAUUACAAAAUACUGAAGUAUUAUUGGAAAUGGGAAUACAAAAGAAGUUGGGCAAAGAAGUUAAAUGGAAAUAUAUUGGUACAAUUGAAUUAAUGAAAAUGGUUUGUAGAAUUAUAUUAUUAUACAAAACUCAUGGUCGUGCAGUAGUAUAUCCACAAAUACCUGGAAGAGAAAUCGAUCCUCACAUUUUCAAUCCAGAAGAAGCUAAAAACAACAAUAAUAAUUACGCAUCACCAUCUUAUUUUCCAACCGAGAAAUCUACUAAUGAUUUUAAUUGUAUUGAAUCAAAAGAAUCAGAGAGUUGGGUUGGAAGAAACACUAAUCAUAGAUAUGAUAGUAUUUCAACUGUUUUUCAUAACAAUAGAUAUUCGCAUACUUCCGACAUAAACAAUUAUUUGAUGAAUAAAGUCUUAUUAAUUGAAGAUGUUGAGAAACCACCAGAAUUGGUACAUAAACUAUAUGGUUUAGGAAUUAUUAGUGAAUUGUUAUACAUUAUUAGACCAUUAAUAUAUGUUCUUACUCUUCGAAAAUAUGGAAAUAAAUCAUGGAAACCUUGGCUGUUGUCCAUAAUCAUAGAAGUAUAUACUAGAAUUCUUACUAAUUAUUUUCAUAAAAAAAUCUCAGACGGAUCUCAUCGAUUAACAAGUGUAGAAAAGGAUGAAGAAAAAAGAAGAAUAAAACAAUUAUUUUUGUAUAUUUUAAGAGGACCUUUCUACGAAAAAAUUACAAGACCAAAAAUUGAUAAAAUUUGUCAGUCUGUUGGUAAUAAACCAAUCCUAUCAUUAUUUGGUGGUAUUUUAAGAGAUUAUCAACCUAUAUGGGAAAAUAAACUUUUAAAAUGGUCAAUAGAAAACACUGACACUUCAAACAAAUCAUCACAACAACAAUCACCAGAAGAAAAAAGAAGUCAAAUAGAUCCUGAAAUAAUUGAUUAUAUUUUGGGUAAAAGCGAUGCUGUUUAUAUGAAAGAGGCAAUUGAAGUAAUAUCUAAUACUGAAGAAACUAUCGAGAAUAGAAAGAUCGCGUUUGAUAAUUUAGAAAUGUUAAUUUCGUUUCUUUCACUUCCUGAAGUUCCACUUAGAAUUCUUGCAGCUUGGGUAUGUGGAACUGCUGUACAAAAUAAUCCCAAAGCUCAAAAGGCUUUUGCAGAGCAUGGUGGAAUUAAAGUUAUUUUGGAUAUGUUAAGUAAUCUUGAUGAAGAUUUGGAAGUAAAAAGUAAAGCUUUAUAUGCUAUAUCAGGAGCAAUCAAACAUUUUAAAUCAGGAUUAGAACAAUUUGAUAAAUAUAACGGAUACGAUACUUUAUUAUUUUUAUUAAAAUCAUCCGAUAAUCUUCAAAUAUUAAGAAAAACAGUGUUUUUAUUUAAUAACUUAUUACUUCAAGAACCAACAGUUGUUGCUAACAGAAUAGAAGAAAAAGGUUUGGCAAAACAAAUGAUUAAAUUGUUGAAAACUUUUGGAGAAAAGGAUGGAGAUUUAGCUGAGAAGGUAUUACUCGCAGAAUUUUUAUAUUCUUCAAAAUUGAUUAGUCAAGAAGGAAUCAAAGAAUUAAAAGAAGUUUUACCUGAAAUUAAAAGAAAAUACGGUGAAGAUACAUUAAGUACUGAAGAAUGGAUAGAAUUAGAAAAACAAAUCGAUAAAUUAUAA